AUGGCAAAAGUUGACCAAAAGACAGUCCUCAUCGUCAUCGACGGCUGGGGUGUUGCGACUGAGAAGUCGCGCAAAGAUGGCGAUGCUAUCCUCGCGGCCGACACGCCUACUAUGGACGAGUUCGCCAAGGACGGAUCCAAAACCGCUCAGGGCUACACCGAACUCGAGGCCUCCUCUCUCGCCGUCGGACUUCCAGAGGGUCUCAUGGGCAACAGCGAGGUUGGUCACUUGAACAUCGGCGCGGGACGAGUUGUAUGGCAAGACUCUGUUCGUAUCGGCCAAACGAUCAAGAACGGGAAGUUGAAGGAUGUCGAUACCAUCAAAAAGUCAUUCCAGCGCGCCAUCGACGGUAAUGGAAGACUCCACUUCUGCGGUCUGGUCUCCGACGGUGGUGUCCACUCUCACAUGGACCAUUUGAUUGCGCUCCUCAAGGUUGCAAAGGACCAGGGCGUCCCAAAAGCGUACAUCCACUUCUUCGGUGAUGGCCGAGAUACCGACCCCAAGUCAGCAGUUGGAUACAUGGAGACACUGCUGAAAGCGACCAAGGAGAUCGGACUUGGUGAGAUUGCAACAGUCGUUGGCCGAUACUACAUCAUGGACCGCGACAAGAGGUGGGAUCGAGUCGAAAUAGGCAUGAAGGGCCUGGUUACUGGAGAGGGAGAGGAAAGCAACGACCCAGUCGCAACCAUCAAGGAGCGAUACGCAAAGGACGAGAAUGACGAGUUCUUGAAACCCAUUAUUGUCGGUGGAAAAGAGCGGAGAAUACAAGAUGACGACACUGUCUUCUUCUUCAACUACCGCUCCGACCGCGUUCGCGAAAUCACUCAAUUGCUCGGCGAUGUCGACCGCUCACCCAAGCCCGACUUCCCUUACCCCAAGAACAUUGACAUUACGACAAUGACCUCAUACAACCCCAAAUACACAUUCAACAUCGCUUUUGAGCCCCAGCGGAUGACCGAUGUCCUUGCUGAGACACUCGGAAAGCAGGGCGUCAAGCAGUGUCACGUUGCGGAAACUGAAAAGUAUGCGCACGUUACCUUCUUCUUCAACGGUGGUGUAGAGAAGCAGUUUGAGAACGAGGAGCGUGAGAUGGUUCCUUCGCCCAAGGUAGCCACGUACGAUUUGGAGCCGAAGAUGAGCGCCAUGGCUGUUGCCGAAAAGCUCUGUGAGCGAAUUCGAACUGGCAAGUUUGAGUUCCUCAUGAACAACUUUGCACCACCAGACAUGGUUGGCCACACUGGUGUUUAUAAGGCAGCGAUUGAGGCAUGCACAGAGACAGACAAGGCUAUCAAGAGGGUCUACGAUCAGUGCAAAGAGAGCGGAUACGUUAUGUUCGUUACUGCUGAUCACGGUAACGCUGAGGAGAUGCUCACUGAAGAGGGCACACCCAAGACUUCUCACACGACUAACAAGGUUCCUUUCGUCAUGGCUAACGCCCCUGAGGGUUGGAGCCUGAAGAAGACGGACGGCGUGCUUGGUGACGUGGCGCCGACACUGCUUGCGACAAUGGGUCUUCAGCAGCCUGAAGACAUGGACGGACACAGCUUGCUCAUCAAGUCGUAAAGCAACCAUGGACCGGUCGAGACGCUGUCCUCGGACCUUGAUCCGUUCCCCGCUUUCUGUUGAUAUCUGCUCCUAGAGUAUUGACCUCAUCUACUCAUAGACGACUGAUAGAGGUUGAAUAGAAGCAAAAAUCUACC